AUGACGCAAGCCGACACGGAGAAGGCUUUGCGCGACUUUGUCGCGGAAGAGUACAACGACGGGGAAGUCCAGUACACGAUCGAAGACGCGACUGUUGAGGGGUUCAGGGAGGGAGUGCUGUUGCUCCCGCACCAGAUCAAGAGCCGGUUGUGGAUGGCGGAGCGUGAGUCGGGGAAGAAGACGGGCGGGAUCCUCGCCGACGACAUGGGUUUGGGCAAGACUAUAUCCACUUUGACGCGGAUCGUCGAGGGUCGGCCGUCCGGUAAGGACAAGAAGGCCGGGUGGUCCGGUUCAACUCUUGUCGUCUGUCCCGUGGCACUGGUGUCGCAGUGGGCGAGCGAAGUCAAGAAAUACACAUCCGGUCUCCGGGUUGUCCAGCACCACGGACCGAGUCGCACUACUGACCCCUACGAACUCGAACGGGCUCACAUUGUCGUGACGUCGUACUCGGUGGUCACCUCUGAGUACGGUGCGUUCGCUCCUGCCAAGAACGAAGGCAAGGGGAAGGGGAAAGGAAAGAAGGCUACGGUGCAAGACAGCGACUCAGAUGAAGACUCGGAUGACUUUUCGAAGCGUCUUAAGUCGACGGCCAGGCGUGGUAAGCAGAAGGACGCGCUGUUUAGGGUGAAGUGGUGGCGUGUCGUCCUCGACGAGGCUCACAACAUCAAGAACCGCACCACGAAGUCGGCGAUUGCUUGCUGCGCACUGGAUGCCAAGUACCGGUGGUGUCUAACUGGCACGCCUAUGCAAAACAGUGUCGACGAGAUCUACUCCCUUAUCAAGUUCUUGCGAAUAAGCCCGCUCAACGACUGGGGUACCUUCAACACUUCCAUCGCAAAGCCUGUCAAGGCUGGCAAGCCCGUCCGCGCGCUCAAGCGUCUCCAAGUUGUUCUCCGCGCGAUUAUGCUCCGGCGGACGAAGGCGACGCUGAUCAAUGGCAAGCCUAUUAUCGAGCUCCCGCCACGCCUGGUACAAGUCGUAGAGUGCGAGUUCAACCACGUCGAGCGCGAGUUCUACAACUCGGUCGAGCAAAAAGUCCAGAAAAGCCUCGAGCAGCUCGAGCAGGGCGAUUUCGGCAAGGCCUACACCUCCGUCCUCAUCCUCCUGUUGCGCCUGCGCCAGGCGUGCAACCACCCCGCAUUGAUCUCCAAGGAUUACAAGGGCGACAACGAGGCCGUUGAGCCCCAGACCGCGAGCCAGAACACCAACGGUCAGGACGAUGACGAGACCGAUGAGCUCACAGGGAUGCUCGCGGGCUUGGGACUCGGGAAGAAGCCGUGUCAGGUCUGUCAAGCGCCGCUGACAGCGGAGAACACGUGGAAGGAGGACGUGUGCGUGGAUUGUGAGGAGCUGUACAAGGCGGCGAGGAAGGCGGCGGCAGACCCGAACUCGGGGCUGCCACCGCACUCGAGCAAGACAAGGAUGAUCGUGAAAAUCCUCAAGGAGACGGAGGAGAGGGGCGAGGGCGAGAAGACCAUCAUCUUCUCGCAGUUUACGAGCAUGUUGGACUUGAUUGAGCCGUUCUUGAAGAGCGAGGGUAUCAAGUUCGUCCGAUACGAUGGGUCGAUGAACAAGGCCGCGCGCGACGACUCGUUGGAGAGAAUUAGCAAGAGCAAGUCGACGAAGGUCAUCCUUAUCUCCUUCAAGGCCGGUAGCACCGGUCUGAACUUGACAUGCUGCAAUAAUGUCAUUCUUGUCGACCCGUGGUGGAACCCUGCGCUCGAGGACCAGGCCUUUGAUCGUGCUCACCGCUUCGGCCAGGAGCGCCCCGUCAACAUCCACAAGCUCUCUGUCCCUGACAGUGUUGAGCAGCGCAUCCUUGAGUUGCAGGAGAAGAAGCGCGCGCUCGCCGCUGCUACCCUCGCCGGUGACAAGCUCAAGAACAUGCGUCUCGGCAUGGACGAGCUCGUGGCGCUCUUCCGUGCGACCGGACAUGAUGAUGAUGACUCUGAAGACGACUAG